AUGACGGACACCGUGGUGGGCGGCAGCAGCGGUCAGUGGGUGUACCAGAAUGACAGACAGAUGGCCCUUCGCGGCAGAGCCCCCGGGGGUGGCUGGCCGGCCCACGGGAACCAGCCGGAGCGGGCGUGGAAAAAUGAAGAGCUGACGGACGAGGAGAAGGAGAUCAUCAACCGCGUCAUCGCGAGGGCUGAGAAAAUGGAGGAGAUGGAGCAGGAGCGCAUUGGGCGCCUCAUGACCCGCCUGGAGGACAUGCGCCGCAACGUGGCCGGCGACGGGGUGGGCCGCUGCAUCCUGUGCGGGGAGCAGCUGGGCUGUGCGGGCGCCAAGGGCAUGGUCUGCGAGGACUGCAAGAAGAGCGUCUGUACCAAGUGCGGCACCCAGGCCACCAACAGCCGCCCGCACCCCGUCUGGCUGUGCAAGAUCUGCCUCGAGCAGAGGGAGGUGUGGAAGCGCUCCGGCGCCUGGUUCUUCAAGGGCCUGCCCAGGCAGAUGCUGCCGCAGCCGAUGCCCAUCAGCAAGGCGAAGCCGCAGCCCCCGCCGGGCGAGCCGGCCCCGUCCGCCCAAGAGGCGAAGCCGUACCCUCGCCCGCAGAGCCACGGUAGGCAAGCUGAACGCACGGACCCUCCGGGGCGCUCAGGCCUGGGGGCAAAUCCCCCUGCGGUCGCCUCCCGUCCAGGCACGCACCCGCAGCCUCACCGCAAGCCUCCCGAGGCCAGGAUGCCGCCGAGCGGCAGCGAACGUGCUAGCGAGGGUGCCGAGAGCCGGGAUGCCGUCGCCGAGAGCGGAGCCCAUCAAAGCCCUGGAGGCCUUAAGCGGGCCAGUCCUGCCCAUGGCGCUGGGGCCAGGCCGUCUCCUCCGGCACCCGAGCAGAGCCCACCGGCGCCGCCGGCCGAGCCAGGACCUGCUGGAGGGGCCAGGCAAGUGAUGGGUCCUGCCGGCCGUUUCCCGGAAAGACAAGGAAGCCUCUCGAUGGCUGCGCCCCCAGCCGACACCGGCUACCCCACGCUGGGCCCGUCCCAGGAGGAAAGGACGGGCGCCGGGUUCUCCUCGCCCGCAGACGAGAGGCCCGUGCGACCGGUGGCCCCCUAUGGCCAAGCUGCUGCUCCGCCAGCCGCACCCGCACGGCAGCCUCCUCGAGAGGAAGACGACGAGGACGAGGCCAACAGCUACGACUCGGACGAAACGACCACCCUCGGGGCCCUGGAGUUCAGCCUCUUGUACGACCAGGAGAACAGCGCCCUGCAGUGCACCCUCCUCCGGGCGAAGGGCUUGAAGCCGAUGGACUCCAACGGGCUGGCGGAUCCGUACGUGAAGCUGCACCUCCUGCCCGGGGCCAGCAAGUCAAACAAAUUGAGGACCAAGACGUUGAGAAACACCCGGAACCCCGCAUGGAACGAGACGCUGGUUUAUCAUGGCAUUACAGAGGAGGACAUGCAGAGGAAAACCUUGAGGAUCUCCGUGUGCGACGAGGACAAAUUCGGGCACAACGAGUUCAUCGGGGAGACGAGGGUGGCUCUGAAGAAGCUGAAGGCCAACCAGAAGAAGAACUUCAACAUCUGCCUGGAAAGGGUCAUCCCGAUGAAGCGGACCGGCACGACCGGAUCCUCCCGCGGGAUGGCCCUGUACGAGGACGAGAUGGGCCAGGCCGGCGACGUGGAGGAGCGGGGGAAGAUUCUGGUGUCCCUGACGUACAGCACCCAGAAGGGCGGCCUCGUGGUGGGCAUCGUGCGCUGCGUCCACCUGGCAGCCAUGGACGCCAACGGCUACUCGGACCCCUUCGUGAAAAUAUGCUUGAAGCCGGACAUGGGCAAGAAGGCCAAGCACAAGACGCAGAUCAAGAAGAAGACGCUGAACCCGGAGUUUAACGAGGAAUUUUUCUACGACAUCAAACAUGGCGACCUUGCCAAGAAAUCGCUGGACAUAUCGGUUUGGGAUUACGACAUUGGCAAGUCCAACGAUUACAUAGGAGGGUGCCAGCUGGGCAUCACUGCCAAAGGCGAGCGCCUGAAGCACUGGUACGAGUGCCUGAAAAACAAGGACAAGAAGAUCGAGCGCUGGCACGCCCUGCAGAACGAGAACCACGUGGCCAGUGACUAG